AUGAGCGGCUAUUACGAACUUUUGCUUACCGUGCUACUCAUCAAACUUUGCCAUCCUAAAUCACAGCAAGCUGUUUACCACUCACCUUCGAAACGCAUGACUGCAAAACUUUUGGGACGCUUGGAUUUGAUGGAAUGUGCAAUAUUAGAUCCUUCUGAGUACGAUAAACGUGCUGCUCAAGGCUUAUGUCCACCUCAACCUACCAAACUAAUGAAGAAUUUUCGCAGUCGGUUGAAAACAUUAUAUGGUGAGAAGCCAUUUUGGAGAUUGCAAAAACAGAAGGAAAAAAAAAAGGAAUGGACGAUGAAGAAAAGGCUCAUACUGAAAGCUGUUUUUCUGGGCAAGCAAUCAUUUCAUCAUCUUCGCUUAAGUGCAGUCAAUCUUGAUUUUGAAUUAAUAGAAGGAUUGUUUUUGAUAUUGGAGUGUCCAAUGGAUAAAAAAUUGAAAAAAGCUAAGAAGCAGGAUGUAGAUUGGUAUUUAGAUGGAUUACCGAUAGUCACAAAUUCCCGUUUGUCUUGGAGAGUUAAGACCACGCCACUAAAAUAUCUCCAGACUAAGCAUCUCAUGAUAGAACUACAAAAUAUACACCGAUAUCAGAUUUGGCCACUGAUUGUUUCUCGAGAUGAUGGACGAUAUGAAUGUUUUAUUGGUGGUAAACCACAGGGAUCGGAAGGUCUUUGGCGCGGUAUAACUAAUUACUUUAUAACCAUGAUGCUUACUAUACCAUUCGUUACAUUUGCCAUUUUCUAUCGUUUACUACAUCCAGAACGUGAAACGAUAGUGCUGGAUAAUUCUGUAGUCGACUUCUAUGAGAAAAUACUCGACCUAAGAACUAAAGAAAUAAAAACAAAUGUUUCCAUAACAGUUUCUCAAGACAAACCAAGUACGAAACAAGAGGAAAGUCAUUCCAACCACCUCUCCGAAACAUCAUUAAACCGUAAACCAGUAAGAACGAAUCACGACACCAUACUGGCGAUAAUAAAUGCCGCGGAAAUUAAUCAGCGGAAGAAUAAUGAGCAAACAAAGCAAAAAGAGAAAUAUGGAUUGUUCAGUAUUUAA